AUGAUUAAACAACAGCAACCACAACAACUUAAGGCACAGACCAUUACAUACGCCAUAUAUGCAUAUAAUUCAAAGACGGCAGAACAAACGCAAAUGUUGAAAUAUGGAGAUUUGGAGAUAGUAUUGAAAAAUGACCAUUUCGAAUUCGUUUGCAAAGGUGGUGCAGUGAUAUCAAAUAUAAAAGAAAUUUUAUUUAUGAAUUCAAAAAUUAAAGGAAUAACGGAUGAUAUAACAUCAAUUCCACCAGAAGAACAAAGAUAUUACGCAUUAAAUGCAUUUCCUAAAGUUUUGAAGAUUGGAAGAUUUAAUUUAAAUGAGGAAUUCAUAAAAGGUUUCCUAAAUGACAUAAUGAAGAAAGCAGAUAAGGAAUAUGUCAACAGUGAGUUAGAGGAGAAAGCAGAUAAGGGACUUGUGGCUAGUGAAUUAAUGAAGAAGGCAGAUAAGGAAUAUGUUAAUGAAAAAGAUAAUGAAAUUAUAGAAAGGGUUGAAUGGUAUCAUGAACGGACAUCGAAGAUUCUUAAAACUAAAGCUGAUACAGGAUGGGUUUCAGAAUGUUUAGACCUUAAAGCAGAUAAAACUUAUGUUAACAAUGAGUUAGAGAAGAAGGCAGAUAAGAACCAUACACAUACAAGUUUUACAACUGUUGCUAUAGAAAGUAUUGAAGGAACGGUUGAAGAAACUGGUGGGGAUGCAUUAUAUUGUAAACCUCCUAACUUUCCACAAGGUUUAACAUCGGAUGACGACAUAACGACGAUGAGAAACAUUAGAUGUAAAGAUGUUUAUGUCAUGAAGGAUGAACAUAAUAUUAAAUUCACUGCUCAAGAUUUAUAUGACAAGAAAGCAGACAAAAAAGAGCUUCAAACAUUAAAGACAGAAAUACUUCAAACAUUAUAUCCUAUAGGCUCUAUUUAUACGUCAAUGAACUCAACAAAUCCAGCAACAGUUCUGGGUUUCGGUACGUGGGAACAAAUAGUUGACAG